ACGCCGCCAUUUUGACAGAUUCUUCCGAGUUCCUGUUCGAUUUUGAUAUAGAGACAUGUUUAGCUUUAUUCGUUGGAAUUAGUGUUAUUUAGUAUCUUACUGAGCUGGAAUAAAUUAAACAAACUCCAACAUGGCUUUACGAACGUACGGCGAUAAGCCGAUUAGUUUCCAGAUUGAGGAAGGAGGAGAAUUUUACUGUGUUGGCUCAGAGGUCGGCAAUUACCUGCGGUUGUUCCGUGGGUCUUUAUAUAAAAAGUACCCUGGUAUGGUCAGGCGGACCCUGACCAAUGAAGAAAGAAAGCGUCUGGUAGACAAUGGGCUAGGCCAGCAUGUUCUAUCAAGUUCUGUGUCACUGCUGAAAGCAUCGGAAGUAGAAGAUAUUAUAGAGGGAAAUGAUGAUAAAUACAAAGCAGUGUCAGUUAGUCAGGAGCUAGCAACACCUCGGGAAAGUAAGAGUAAAAAGCCACAUAAUCCAUCAUGGAUGCCUGUGAUGCCAAACUCCUCACACUUGGAUGCGGUGCCUCAAGCCACUCAGAUUAGCAGGACCAGGGUUCACAACAAGAAGGUGCGCACAUUUCCCCUGUGCUUUGAUGACACAGACAUGACGGCGAUGCUGGAGAAUGCCUCGCAGAAGCAGAUCCUCGUCCCCAUCCGCCUCGACAUGGAGAUUGAAGGCCAGAAGCUCAGGGACACUUUCACUUGGAAUAAGAAUGAAUCAAUAAUAACCCCAGAGCAAUUUGCGGAAGUCCUCUGCGACGACCUGGAACUGAACCCGAGCACGUUCGUGCCGGCCGUGGCGUCGUCCAUCCGACAGCAGAUCGACGCCUUCCCGAGCGAGCCCCCGGCCAUAUUGGAGGAGCAGAGCGACCAGCGGGUUGUCAUCAAGCUGAACAUACAUGUUGGGAAUACUUCGCUUGUUGAUCAGGUGGAGUGGGACAUGUCGGAGAAAGAGAACAACCCGGAAGCGUUCGCGACUAAGCUCUGCGCCGAACUAGGGCUAGGCGGGGAGUUUGUGACAGGCAUCGCUUACUCUGUCCGCGGGCAGCUCGGCUGGCAUCAGCGGACCUUCGCCUUCAGCGAGGCACCUCUUCCUGUCGUUGAGACGCCGUACCGCCAGCCGUCGGAGGCGGAGGCCUGGGCGCCGUUCCUGGAGACGCUGACGGACGCGGAGAUGGAGAAGAAGAUCCGCGACCAGGACCGCAACACGCGCCGCAUGCGCCGCCUCGCCAACACCACGCCCGAUGUGUCAUUGGGGCGCGCCGUGAACCGCCUGAUCCGCGCCGACGAGGCCCUCUUCCAGUCCACGCCGGAAAAGAGGAGGAAAAAGAUUUAAUCACCCAGUACCGAGUUCGGGAAGAUGGUGACAAGUUUGUCAAGACCCUGACAAUUAUACUGUUGGCAUACUUGUCACGCCACCAACUCACAGGGGUUUAACUCCCUGACCGCCAAAGACGUCAACUGAUGCGCGCGGUUACAACCCAAUAUCCACCUUCGUGCAUUCCGACAAGGUUCACUAUGAUACACCGCGCGCGAUAGGCGUGGCGGUCAAAGGGUUAAAACAGACAAAAAAAGCAUUUGUAUUCUUUAGGAUAUAAUUAGAUGUCUGAAAUAGUUGUAUUAAGAAACGUGGGCAAAUUCUACCGCUUUUUGAUUGUAAAAACUAGGAAUAAAUUGGCAAGUUUUGGGAAUGCCAUUGAGGUUGGCUAACUCAUGUCAUAUUGCCACUCCUAAUAAUAAUAUAAAAGUAUAGCAGUUAAGAGAGAUACGAAUGGAACGAAUGAUUAUUGAAAUUUACAGAUGCAGAUAAAAAAGUACCUAUAUAGUUCGUGUCAUCCACGAUCACGCGCAGAUUUGUCAAAUUUAACCCUUAAUAACAUGACAAUACAAGUCAAGGCACGCGUCAUCGUGAAUGACACGAUCUAAGGAGAUAAAAGAUCUAAAUUUAAAACGUCGCUUUAUCAUUCCAUAAAGUUGUCCCAUACAAACGCGAAUUUUCAGAAGAUCUGAAGGCACAGGAGUGUCUUUUUCAGUGAGAGUCAGAAUGGCGGGUGUACCUAAAUAAAAUUGUAAUAGCAAGCAAAAUAUAAAAUGAGUAUAACUUGGAAACCACAAAUAAAAUGGCUCAUAUUAUAAUUGAAUGUGAAGGUACAAAAAAGGUACAAAAAUUUGGCAUUUAUAGAUUUUAUCAAUAACCACGGGAACAUAGCGUAAUAAAGUACACCCGCCAUUCUGACUGUCAGGAUGGCGGGUGACCUGUUUUUUGAUGAUAACUUUAUGUACCGUGAGGUACAAUUUUUUUUAAAGGAGGUACUAAAUAGUACAAAUUAGGUACAAAAAUAUGGUAUGCUUUUCAUUUGAUUUUAUUUAGGUACACCCGCCAUUCUGACUCUCACCUUUUUCAGUGACAAAUAGUCAAAAAUAUGCCUGUAACCUCCAUCCGUCCACGAACGAAGUGUUCAUACACGUGAUGGCUUCCUUUUUGCACACUUCGAUUACAUUUAACCCUUAACCAUUGACGUGUUUUUGCGGUGCCCGAAUGUGAACGUUAACGCGACGUCAUAACGACUAUGGCGACGUACCACAUUCGUAAGUCAGUGGUUGAGGGUUAAGCGUGAUUCUAGAUCUGAGACUUACACGUACUCUAAAAUGGUAAAAACGGAUAGAAAACAACAACCAAUGAAUAUUUGCUUCAGUAACAGUAGAGUAAAAAAACGGUCAUACCAUUUUAGGGCUGAUAAUAAAUCACGUGGUACUGAGUCAUUUAUGUCACUACUUCUUGGCAACAGUUAUUUUAACUGUUUAUAUUCAAUAUGUUUUAUCAUGCAUAUUUAGGUAUGUACGAGAUGUAUUUGCAUUGUGAAUUCUACCCAAAUGUAUAGCCAUUAAUUUUAGGUCUGUCUAUAUAAAAUAAUAGAGACCCGCACCGGCUUCGCACGGGUAAACCUUAACAAAUUAUACACAUACAGCUUCCUCAAGAAUCUCUACUGAUAGGCGAAACCUGCAUGAAAAUCCGUUCAGUAGUUUUUUAGUUUAUCGCGAACAUGCGGACAGACGUGGGACUUUGUUUUAUAAGAUGUAGUGAUUGCUUAAAUCUUGUAAUGACACAAGUCGUAAGUAAUUAUCAUAUCAGCUUAAAAAAUUCCCUGCGGUACGAACACUUGAAUUAUCUCCAUAACGGACUGGUUUAACCAAGAAUUUCCUUUAGGGGUUUAAAGGGAAGGGUAGUUUUCAUCGCGCAUAUAUUGCAGGCAUUCGAAGAUAGAAGAAGACGAGACAUUCGUAAUAAAUAUAAUAGUAAUCAUAUCAUACUACAUAGAACUUUAUUUUUACUUUGUCAUUGUGUUUCUAUAUAUGUAGUAUUCCAUUUAUUGUAAUCUAUUAGCGUUUAAGAAUUCUUGUCGUGUAAUAAAGUAAAAUAAUACCGAAA